AUGGCUCCAUCGUGUUGUCAGCAAACUAGGCAACCAGCUAACUCUUACAGCCAUAACGUUACAUUUACAAAUAAGUACCGUCGAUGAAGCAUUGCUAAUGAUUGCUGAAUAAUAGUAUAGAGAAUAUAGCUUUGAGAAUCAGCAACUUUUAUUGCAUUCACCUCUUUUUGUCGAGACAACAGCCACCAUGGUAAGUACCUAGCUACCUAGCGAGCUAGCCUUCUUCACUUCCGUUAACGUUACAUGCAACUUGCUAUUAUAGAUGAGCGCUAACGUUAGCUAGCUAGCUAACUUGUCAAUGAAAUUAGUAAGCCACCUUGCCGAAAUUCACCAGUGUCGAUCUGAUGGUGGACAACCGGAGAGAGUUAUCGCCAACUUUAACUUAACUCCUAACUGCAUGAACGGCUAGGCUAGGCUAACUAACUAACUUAGCCUACUGAUCAGCUGCUCUGUCUGGGUUUGUAAACUCUGACGAGCUUAUGAUAGAGGUUUGGGCUCACAAUGCAAAAAGACUUACAAGGCGUUCUCUUUUACUUUCUUUUUGUUAGUCUAGCAAAGUAGACAAAGUGAGAAGUGAGUCCAGCACAAGAAGAGAUGACAGAAGAAGUACUGAGUCUGCCACAAGAAGAGAUGACAUGAGAAGAACUGAGACCACCACAAGAAGAGAUGACAGAAGAAGUACUGAGAGAGCCUCAAGAAGAGAUGACAGAAGAAGUACUGAGACCGCCAUGAGAAGAGAUGACAGAAGAAGUACUGAGACUGCCACAAGAAGAGAUGACAGAAGAAGUACUGAGACCGCCAUAAGAAGAGAUGACAGAAGAAGUACUGAGACUGCCACAAGAAGAGAUGACAGAAGAAGUACUGAGCCUGCCAUAAGAAGAGAUGACAGAAGAAGUACUGAGACCGCCAUAAGAAGAGAUGACAGAAGAAGAACAACAAGUACAGGUAAUUUAAUGGUCUGUGGUGAUCAACUGAUAUCACAAGUGUGUGUGUGUGCGAGCGUACCUUGAAGUCAUGGAUAACACAAACUGCUCUUGUAUUUUUCUAUUGAAGGGAAAGAAAAAAUUAAAAGGAAAAGCCGCAGUAGAUCGUCAUCUUCCUCCUCAUCCAGCUCAUCCUCGUCAUCCGGAUCCUCUUCAUCAUCCUCAUCCCGCUCCUCGUCUGGCAGUAGUAGUUCGAGCAGCAGUGGUGAGUGUGCCAGUACUUGUACGUUAGUUGUUAAGAUGCAUAUGUAUCUGAAAGAUGUACUAUUAUAUAUUUAUUAAAACAAAUAGUAGUCAAAGCCUGAUGGACAGUGUCUCAGUUAGAUUUUGCAAUCUCCUGUCUAGAUUCCCACAGCAAGUCCAGAAAGAAUUCUAAGAAAAGGAAAAAGGAAAAACAACUCAAAAAGGUAUUUUUCUUUAAAUAUUCAUUCGUUUUCAGUAGCUACUUAUUUUGUUAGUGUGGUCUGUGCCUUGUUAGAUAUCAGUGUCCUUUUAAGAUAUUUAAAAUGUGCUCUGUUUACACUCUGUUUUAAUAGAAAGUGAAAAAGGAGAAGAAGCUUAAACGGAAGAAGGACAAGAAAAUGAAGACUGAGGAGGAAAGCGCUGGACCUGGACCUAUUCAGAUCUCCAAGGUAGAAUACAUUUAUGGGACUAUUUAUCCUAAAGCCGGUGCGCUACAGCCAUACCAGUAGUUUGAAGCUGUCUGAAAGCUGUCAUUUUGAAAUGAAUUAUGUCUUUCAGUAUUUAAAAGAGAGAAAGAGAAAAAGCAAGUUCAGCAUGAUCUCAGGAAAGAAGAUCAAAAUGAAAUUGAAGAAGUCAAAGAAAGACAAGCUGGUGAGUAUCAGUGUUUAAACAACCAACAACUGUAUGCCAUGAAGGUUUUUACUUGCAAUGAUUGUGCUAUGUGAAGGUUGUUUACCUACCUUAGUUGAAUGCAUUGAUUCUAAGUCGACUCGCUCUUGAUGCUAGAGUGUAUAUAUUCAUACAAUAAUUUUUUCAACAGAGAGACAAGAAUCGCGCUGAACUGCUUGAGUUCCUCAACUCUACGUUGUAA